GACUAAAGUGAGGGACACUGUGCGGACGCCAUUACAGUGUAUGCGACCACAACACAGAAGUGGAUUACUGAAUGCAACUAAGAGACGAGACAGUGCUGGUGAGUCUCCCAAGUUAAAAGAAGAAGUUAAACAUUAAGAUUUCAAAAAGAUGGCUGAAAGGUCUCUUCUUGAAAUGUAUCUGAGCUGUCAUGUUUGUUCAGAGAUUUUCAAAGAUCCCGUGUCUCUGAGCUGCAACCACAGCUUCUGUUCAAGCUGUCUGCACAAAUUCUGGAAACAGACCGAAAACAGAAACUGUCCCAUCUGUAAAAGAAAAUUCUCAAAAGAUGUGGCGAUAAAUUUUACUCUAAUGGAACUGGCUGACUCGUUUACUGGAAGAGAGAAGGUGGAACCAUCUGAGAAAAAGACAGCCAAGGUGUGUAAACAUGAAAUGGAGCCUGAAUUAUUCUGUGAGAAGGAGCAGAGAUCUGUGUGUCCUCGCUGUGAUUUUCCUCAUUAUGUUGGUCAUGCUGUGGUACCUGUAGAAAAAGCAGUCAGAGAUCUGAAGGAGCAGCUAAAAUCUGACUUAAAGUCUCUACAGGACAAGAGGAACAAACACAAACAAGUGGAGAAAACAUACAAUAAAGUGAUUCAACACUCCAAGAAGCAGCUGCUGUUCACAGAGAGACAGAUCAGAGCAGAGUUCAACAAGCUCCACCAGUUCCUGAAAGAGGAAGAGGAGUCCAGACUGGAGGCUCUGAGGGAGGAAGAGGAGCAGAAGGGGAAGACUAUCAGCAGAGAGAUGAAGAGGAUUCAGGAGCAGAUCUCUUCUCUGUCAGACAGUAUCUGUGCUGUUGAAGAAGAGCUGCAGGAACACAACGUGGCCUUCCUCAGCAGUUAUAAAGUCACUCAGAGCAGAGCCAGAGUCCUGAACUCAGAGUCAGAUCCACAGCUGGUCUCAGGAGUGCUGAUAGAUGUGGCCAAACACCUGGGUAACCUGUCCUUCAGAGUCUGGGAGAAGAUGAAGGAGCGGGUACACUUCAGUCCAGUCAUUCUGGACCCAAACACUGCACACAGCUGUCUCUAUCUGUCUGAUGAUCUGACCAGUGUGAGACGAGGAGAGAGAAAACAGCAGCUUCCUGAUAAUCCAGAGAGACACAUCAAUACUGCAGAUGUUCUGGGGUCUGAGGGUUUCAGCUCAGGGAAACACAGCUGGGAGGUGGAGGUGGGAGACCAUCCAGACUGGACUGUGGGUUUGACUAAAGGGUCAGCUGACAGGAAGGGAGAGUGUCCUCCUUCACCAGAAUAUGGAUACUGGUGUUUAGUGUAUCAAGGUGGAAAAUACAUUGAUGAGGUCGGUGAGACCAUUGAAGUUAAUAAGAAUCUUCAGAGGAUCAGCGUCCAGCUGGAUUAUGACAGAGGGGAUUUGUCCUUCUAUGACCCUGAAGACAUGACUCACAUCUACACUCACAGAGACACUUUCACUGAGACUGUUUUCCCAUACUUCAGGCUUGGAAAGCCUGGUGACGCCAAAACUACAGAAAUCAAAAUCAGCGACACAAGGGCGACGACACUUCACUUGACAUAAAAUUAAGUUAAGGCAUUGAUACAAUUGAAAUGUUUUAAAUGCUACUUAAGGUAACUGAGUUGUUUAAUAGUUUGAAUGUCUUUUUCUUUUUUCCAUAUAGUAAUGAGCAUGUUUGAAUUGGGAGAAAUCUUGUUUUGUUUGAUAAAUCAUCUCAUUUAUGUUUUAAAAAAUACUAAAAUAGUGCGUGUGGAUGAAAUAUUUCAGCAUCUUUUAUGUCAUUAAAGCAGAUAUGCCAUAUUUGUUUUAUUGCAGUAUUUCAUGUCUGUUUGGAAGAAAAAGCGCAACUUUAUUUAUUUAUUCUUUUUAUUUGUGUAUUUUUGUUUCUUUAUCUCUGAAAAAAUAUGCAAAGCUAUAUUUUACAAUGUUAAUAUCUAUAUCCUAGAGACUUAGGCUGUGAGGAAAGUUGCACCACAUUAUUUCAUUUUUCUAUCUAUUUUCUAACCUCAGUAAUUACGCUUAAACCUUCUCAUUGACAAUAUAAUCACAGUCCUUGCGGUGUUGUUUAUUUGAAGUGAUGCUGCUCUUAUUGUGAAAUGCUAACGGAAGUGUUUUAGCGCUCGCGGGACUGGACUGAAGCUCGAGGUAAACAAACGGCAGGUUUUUCCCGUGAUGAUUCAAAGGUACUUUACCCCUCAUAGGAACAUAUUAUCGACAAACAAGCUUUAUUUCCUGUGGAUAUAUGUUUAUGCUCACUGUUCUGUUGUCUUUGUCAGCUUUACGCGUAAUUCUGAAAUUAAACAGUGAAGCAUGCUAACAGCUCGACCAUGCAGGUAGCUAGCUAGCUCAAGAGAGACACCAGACUUCUUUGUAGAUAGAUAGAAAAUAUACGCUUUUUUUUCUUGACUUGUACCCUGUUUAUAAUGAAAGUAUUAAAACUGGGGUAUUCUGGGGAUAAUAUCCAAGUUGUUGAAUUAUCAUGUACGACCUUUUGUGAACUGGCUUUAUGUUGUUGUUGCUCACAUACUUAGUCCAGCUGGAUGCCGCACGUGUUGAGUAAAACUGGUCAUGUGACAUUAAGGUGUAAAAAGUCAUUUUACAUCCCAACCCUCAAACCCAGUAUUUACGACUAUUAUUAAUCAAUUUGUAAAAACUAACCCUAGCUCUCACGGAAAUGUAGUUUGUACUCCACCUGGAUGCAUUUACUUUUACAGGGCGAAAUGGUGGAUAUAUCCAGGGUUCAGUGCAUGAAAGCUCUCCACAUCAGGGUUAUCAGGAUACCAGAAUGAUAAUUUGUUAAUGUUAAGAUCUGUUUCCACACUACAAUAUGAAGAAAACCCCCAUGCAACCAAAAUGCCUAAUGUUUCAUUUGCAAGUUGUGCAAGUGCAAAAAAAAGUUAAUGAACACAGACCGACUGUUUAUAAACUGUCAGUAGGAAUAAAAAGCACAAGACUUUUCCACUAAACAGUGAGAACAGAAAGUAAAUCUUUCCUCUGAAUUAGGGAUGUGCUGAUAUACGAUGCAAUCGCGAUAUGUGAUAUUAAACGGCCGCGAUGAUGAAAUCGGAAGGUACCGUAAAAAUCGUUCCACAAUUAUAGUUCAAAGUGGCAGCGUCAGUACCAACCUAACCUUCUUGUAGUCUUACCCACGGUGUCAAAGCCUUUGUAAUAAAAUGUACAAACAAAGCACCACAAAAAUAGUCCCAAAUCUAAAACAAAUUCUCAAACUAAGUACAUUAAUGCCAGCCUAACAAAAACUGGAAUUUUAAGAGAAAAUGAAGAAAUUUUACAACAAUAUGCGUGGCCACCCACAAUGCAUUGCGGCCACCCAAAGCACUGUUGGAGCGUGUCCACAAUGCAUUCCCAUCCACUCAUUAGCUUCUUAAAGUGGAGGAGAUAUGAUCUGAUAUUUUAAAAAACAUGAGUAUUGGAUCAUGACAUCAUGUCAAAUGGAGCAGCAAACUUUCGUUCUGUUUUUAUGUGUCCCAAAAAUGCACAUAUAGAGAUGUACUUGGGUACAUAAAUUGUACAGUAAGCUGUCAAGGUAGAGAACAUUAUAUUAUCAGGACAGUAAAUAUUCUGAAUCAGAGGGCCAUUGUUUUCAGCUUAUCUGAAUAGUCUGAAUCAAAUCAUUAAAGGCACACGCUUUUUUCCACCCAACGGUAA